AGUUACAGAGAGAGAGGAAAAAAAAGUCUGCUGGAAUAACGAGGAGAGGAAACGAGGUUAACACAAUUACCGAAGAUGAUAAUGCAACAAAAAGCAGAAUGGGAAGAUAUUUCGGAAAUCAAUCCAUACUAUAAUUGACGCAAAGAAAGAUUAAGUGACUUGACCAAAUCUUCGAAAAAAGAAAAAAAAUUGUGACUGUUGACUACCCAAGCAGCUUUGUGCUUCUGUGUAAUAUCCUAAUCAAAACUGUUCAACACUGCAACCGGAACACAGUGGUUGUGAAGAUCUGGGAUGUGAUAAGAAUUUAUCAAGCCUUUAAAAAGAAGAGUUUCAAAAAGUUAGAGAACUGGACUUAGAUUAAAAAAGAAGGAGAAAAAGCUGGAAUAAUGAAGUCAGCACCAAUCUGGGCCCUUCCGAGUUUAUUGAUUCUUGCCGUUCUCGUAAGAUGUCCAGCCAAGGAGACCAGCAAUGUUUCAUCCUCUGGAACAGCCGUCCAACGCCUUGCAGAACAGCUCAUGGAUGGUUAUAACAAAGCAGUGAGACCUGUUCGUGACUGGAGACAGGCCACCACCGUGUACAUUGACAUCGUCAUAUACGCCAUCAUUGGGGUGGAUGAAAAGAAUCAAAUGCUGACAACCUAUAUCUGGUAUAACCAGUCCUGGGUGGAUGAAUUCCUCACCUGGAAUCCCAUGGAGUUUGAGAAUGUGACUCGAAUUUCCUUUUCCACACAAAAUAUCUGGACGCCAGACAUAUGUGUUGUCGAGUUUGUGGCUGUCGAAAAGUCUUUGGAUAUCCCCUACGUAUACAUCAACAACGAAGGCAAAGUGUUCAACAACAAACCAAUCCAAAUUGUGACAGCUUGCAACCUCAACAUCUAUUACUUCCCCUUCGAUAUCCAGAACUGCAGCCUCACCUUCACCAGCUGGAUUCAUUCAAUUCAGGAUAUCAAUGUUUCCCUAUGGAGAACUCCAGAUGAGAUAAAGACAGAUGAUCAUAUUUUCAGGAAUUAUGGAGAGUGGGACCUUAUUUAUGUGUUACCGCGUUACAGCAUUUUCUACGAACAAGAAACAAACUUUGGAGAGAUCACAUUCAAUAUAGUUAUGAAAAGGAGACCCCUCUUCUAUGUAGUGAAUUUGCUGCUGCCCAGCAUGUUUCUUGUGAUUAUGGAUAUAAUUGGAUACUAUCUCCCACCAGAGUGCGGAGAAAGGAUCUCUUUUAAGAUCACACUUCUCCUGGGGUACUCAGUUUUUCUCAUCAUUGUGUCAGAUACUUUGCCUGCUACAGCCAUUGGAACGCCAUUAGUAGGUGUAUAUUUCAUAGUAUGCAUGGCAUUACUUUUGAUCAGCUUGACGGAGAGUAUCUUCAUAGUGCGAAUAGUCCAUAAACAGCAUCUCCAGCCUCGGGUUCCUGAGUGGGUGAAGAAACUGGUCCUGGAGAGGAUGCCAUGGUUACUGUGUAUCAAGGAACCAAAGAUGAUCGGUGCAUCAUACUCCAGCAGAUCGGAUAUAUCCUGGAACAUGGAGAACAGUGAUGCUGAAAAAAUGUCUAAACACAGCAUUGAAAAUACAGAGGAGAACGAGAUGCCGGGGGGAGAGAUUCUAACGAAGGAUGAAGUCCUUGGAAUUUUAGAUGGAAUCCAGAAGGAGGUUGCUUCUAUUCGAAACUACUUAGAGAAAAGCGAUGAACAUGAGAUUACCAAGGAGUGGCUACAGGUUGGAUACAUACUGGACAUGCUCCUCUUCCGGAUUUACCUUGUAGCCCUGCUGGCAUACAUUUGUUCCAUGGUAGUAAUGUGGUCAAACUGGCAGCUGGCGUGAGAUCGAUGGAUGGCUGUUGCAUGAUUUGAAUACAUUUUUCCAAAUUAUAGUUUUUAUUUUGUGUAUAAUUUAUAAGGUUUGCAAUGCAUCUGGCACAUAAAUAACCUGACUAGACCAUGAAGAAAGGACACAUGUCUGGCCACCAUACACCAUGUUUGCUUGGGCAUACAAUGUAUUUCUCAGCUCAACAGCGGGAUAAACAAAUUGCUUGUUUCAACUACACACCUGCACCUUUUUUUGUUUCUGCUUGCCUAUGAAUCAAUAAAUAAAUGAAUGAAUGAAUGAUAAAAAAUAAAAAAUCUGA